CCUUGGAUGCAAUUGAAUGAACUAUGUCCCGCCCACGUCAAGCGGCCAAUGUAUGUACAUCGCCGACGCUGUCGACGGCAUCAAGACAUUGACUCGGAUGCGGCGGAAUAGCACGCAAUGGUCCAUGGUGAGCGAUAGAUGUGGGAUGCUUUGUUCUCCGAAUCGAACGCCGCGAUUACGAUAAGACGUCGUAAGAGGGAUCUGGUAGGCGCAGCUUGAAUUCGCGGGCAGCGUGUAUGACAUGCCCGAAGGCCUAGACUCGCAAAUCCGUUGCGUGUUCUGGAAGGUCAGAGAGAGUAGUUAGCAGCUCAUAUGAUGGGACGUAACGCGGCGAGCGAGGCGUACAAUCACGAGAGCGGUCAAGCGGUGGUAGUAUGUUGAUACCCUAUUUGUUCAAGACAAACAGCGGUUCUCCCAGGAUCCAUUCGGGUUGGGCUUUCCCUGCAAAGCGAAAUCCACGUUGCCAUCCCAGGGAGCCAGACACGAAAGAGAAAGGACUGGCAACUCGUUAUCUGGCGACGGGCCGGAUGUCAUACGGUCGCCCACCUGUGAAUGGCGACCGCACUGCCCUGCCGACAUGAAUUAGCUCCAGAUCGCCUUCGACAAGCCACUGUCCAUCUUGGGUACACCUCCGACCCCGACAGCAUCACGGCGUAUAUAUAAGGACUCACUUCUGAUUCUUCGGAUUCUCACUCCCCGCUCCCGCGUCCCUGCCCUGCGUUAUCCUUGUCAUGAGUGCUUACAGCCUGCGACCCGUUACCCAAUCAGACAGGUCGUCCUCACCGGGCUCCAGCACAGCGAGCGAUCGCACACCCCCGCCCCGAGAAAACAGGACACAUAUCUUGCCGCUGUCCCCUGCAGACCCUUCGCGUCCCCGAAGGCCAUUGUCACCUUCGAUACCGAUACGAGGUGCCUGCUCUGCAUUAUUGUCACGAUUGUCGCUGAUCGCUGUGCUAGACCUUGAUCUUCCUAUAGAUCGAAAUGUCGCUCCGCGAAAGUAUCCCGCCCCGCCUACAGGCCACGAGUUGAUGGCACUCUUCCCUCCGCCGCCCCCUGUUACCUUCCCCACGGGGCCUACAAGCGGCUAUUUUCAGAAGGAGGAGCGCGCGUUCUUCGCGCAGGCAGGAAAGGAGAUCGUACGGGUGUGCAUCGAGGUAGACAUCAAAGACGGUGAGGAUGCGCCUACAAAAGCACCAGCACGGCCAAGAGACGGCGCUGCUCACCAGAUGCCGCGGCCAUGGCCUGCCAACGCUGGCCCACAUCCACAGCUACAUCCACCUACCCAGCCCCCGCCAAGUCAAGCUCCCCCCCCCUCCUUCUCCCCGCCGAACCACCCGGUGCGAACACCUCGUCCCUCCACUGCCUCUACCCCUGCUGUCGCCCCCACCCCCGCUGUCUUCCAGAUACCCACACACAAUCCUGCCCGACCCCCGUUCCCACCCAACGUCCAUCCGUCGCCGGGUGCGCAGCACGCGGCGUUUCCGUUACGUACGUCUUCGCAUGAGCGCCCCCACCUUCCUGCUGAGGGUAGUGAGACGCUGCGCGAGGACUUCCGUGAUGACCCUGACGAAGCAUGGCGACGGCCUACACCCCAUAACCAGCGACGGCGCGCAGGGAAACACACGAAGCGCGUCGUAGUGAAGUAGGACUUCCUCUCGAAGGGAGGGAUGCGCGCUGUCGCUUAGUGCUGGGGAGAACGGACCUUUCGAGGUCCUGAGGUCGCUUGUCCGACAUGCACAUUCUGGUAUCGGUAAUAAUUCGCUUUGUGCUUUUUCUUGCUACGCUAUGUAUUUAUCAUGUAGUAACAGCCAGGGUGCUCCGCUGGUCAUUCGGCCUGUUGAUCCACUGACUUCGCCAUGUCCUGCGGCUCUAGAAUCAUGAUUUCACGACUUGCACCACGACCAUCGUAGACACUCACCAACAAUGUUGCGCCGUAUAUCCUGUACAAUACAAAUCGAGCGACGAAUUUUCGGGGUGUGUCUUCGCGGCAGGCUCGGACUGCCAUCUGUGCGAUCUCAUUCAGUGAACGCUAGGAGGUGAUCACGAUCGAGUGCGGCAAUCGCCACACGGUAGCAGAUCCAUCUCAUUUGUUUCCGUGUGGGGAUUAUCCUCCCACAAGGGGGAGGCACGAUGACGCGCUUGGCGCCCAUCGAUAGCUUUCCCUGAGGUUCCCUGUUUCCCACACGCAGCGUGUCCGAACCGCCCUCAGGAACUCCGGACGGGUCAAUUUCGAGCUCGGCCGUUAAGUUCUUUCAUGACGGCACCGGCACCAGAGCCUGCGUGCGUGCCCUUCGAGAACUCGGAAGUGUCACAGACUGGGCCCGAGAGGCGGCUCGCCUGGGGAACGUGCAUUUCAUAUGUAGAGAAGUGGCGUCGCAGACCUAUAGCGGGACGGAGGAUCCAUGGACUCUCGUUCCGACGGAUUCUGUUUCUGUGAGCAGAGCACUGCGAUUG